AUGUCUGAGCACAGGCGCUGUAUCUCUAUCCAAACAACUGAUGGAGUCAUUCUGAAAGGGUGGUUCUUUCCAGUUCGUUCGGGAAAAUAUCCAUGUGUGAUCAUGACGCAUGGGGUUUCGGCGCUCAAGGAGCAUUAUCUUGACCAAAUCGCAGUCGAGCUUCAAGAGGCGGGCUUCAACGUUCUCCUCUACGACAAUCGUGGUUUUGGGGAAAGCGGCGGCCGCAGAUAUGAUGUCGACCCUAUCAGAGCGCAGGACGACUAUGUCGACGCUUUUGACUACGCCGCAACUCUUCCUGAGGUUGACCCUGGGCGGAUUGUAAUUUGGGGGGUGAGCCUCUCCGGGGGAGUUGCCAUAUCUGCCGCGGCCAUUGAUCGUCGAGUCAAAGCGGUUAUUGCUGUUGUGCCAUAUGUAUCGGGAGAGCUUUUGAUGGGGACAGGCCAGCCAUUCCUCGAUAUGGCCCAAAGAGACCGUGCCAAAAUCGUCAAGGGUGGAGAAUGGCCUCUCACGGGUGUCGUUGCCUCAUCUCUUGAAGAAGCAGAGGCCGGAACUGCUCCCGUUAUACUCCGAGAUGCAGUGAGUUAUCGCUUCUUCGAAGGCGCCGCUGCCCACGGCGGCAAUUGGGACAACAAGAUCACCACAAUGAGCCUCCUGAGAUUACUACGAUUUGAGCCUAUCCGUUAUAUUCAUCGAGUAGCCCCAACGCCGCUGCUUAUGGUCGUGGGAGAAAAGGACGAAAGAUUACUCUCGCCGCAAUUGCAAGCAUUUGGACUGGCACGAGAACCAAAGCAGCUCCAUAUCUUGAAGGGUGGUGAUCAUUUCAACCAUUAUCAAGGUGAAAUAGGCGCGGAAAGCCUAAGAGCUCAGAUUACAUUUCUGAAGCAAAAUGUUUAG